AUGGAACUGAAACCCUCACUGGGCCACGACAUCGCCGUGAUCAAACUGGCUUCGCCCCUGCAAUUCACGCCCUCCAUCCAACCGAUCUGCAUCCCGAGGUCCGACAGCCUGAACGAUGCAAGAGCCUGCACCAUCAAGAUGUUCGGUUGGGGCGCCAUCACGACAGAUGCCAAGACUUCGACCGACGUUCUGCAGAAAGUGACUGCCACCGUCCUUCCCAAGGACAAUUGCACGACCGAGUACGAAAGGGGGAUCAUAUGCGCCAUUGGUGUCACGAAAGGGACUGGAACUUGUAAGGGAGACAGUGGCGGACCUCUGGUCGUGUACGUCAACGGCAUAGCCUACGCAAUGGGCGUGGACUCGACUGGUGCAGACCCGUGUUCAUCCGCGCCUUCCCAUUACACUCGGAUCACCUCCAACGUCGACUUCAUCUCUUCGGAAAUCACCAGCGGAUGAAAUGCCUG